AUGGACAAACUGCCGACACUGGGAAGAAUUAUCGGUCAGGUGGUUGGACCUACUUACGCUGUCUACGUACCGCUGAUUGCCAAAAACGCUUCAAAGAUCGAACUGACAAAACGAGAGACGUUCAAGUACGGGGCACACCCUCGUCAAGAACUCGACAUCUAUCAGCCGUCAGCAACAACCAAUCCAGCACACGAUACCAGUCCUAGGCCUCUGCUGGUCUUCCUUCACGGUGGUGGGUUCGCCAACGGAGAUAAAGUCAACGAAGCCCAACCGCUGUUCUACAAGAACUUGGGCCACUUUUUCGCCGACAGAGCCGGGUUGGAGACCAUCUGCAUGAACUACAGACUGAUCCAACACGGCGCGAAAUUCCCCAGCGGCGCCGAAGAUCUCGAGACCGCGCUCAAAUGGAUCGCGGAGAGGUACCAAGACCAGCAACGAGACGUCUAUCUCUUUGGAAACUCGGCCGGAGGGAUCCACGUGGUCCAUUGGCUCCUUGAGCCUGCCUUCCACGACUUCAGGCGAAAGAUUAUCGCUGGUUGUGGAGGAGUGAAAUUGUCGGGCGCCCUUGUGGUGGGAGCAUUAUUCAAUUUCAAAUUUUCGUCUCCGGUUCUGCGGCAGAAUCUGGCAGCGUACCUGGGGGAUUAUUUGGACAGCGCUGCGCCGGUCGAGUCGCUCACACGAUGCGCAGAGACGGGAGAAUUCUCUUCUGGGCCCUGGCCGCGCUUGUUGAUCGGCGAUUGCGCACUGGAUCCGGAGGACAUCCUCAAGGCCACUCCAGAAUUCAUCGAGAGACUGCGGGCCGCGGGGAGCCUCGAGGUUGAUUAUCUGAACAUCAAGGGACAUAACCAUAUCAGUCCGCCUUUGGCACUGGGAUCGGACAUUGCGGCAGAGGAGGAAUGGGGUCAUGAAUUCGUAUCUUGGAUUAGGAAGUGA